CGGCCCGCCCGGCGCCGGGCCAUGGCGCUGCUGCGGGACGUGUCGCUGCAGGAUCCGCGGGACCGCUUCGAGCUGCUGCAACGCGUGGGGGCCGGGACCUAUGGCGACGUCUACAAGGCCCGCGACACGGUCACGUCCGAACUAGCUGCGGUCAAGAUAGUCAAGCUAGACCCAGGGGACGACAUCAGCUCCCUUCAGCAGGAAAUCACCAUCCUGCGUGAGUGCCACCAUCCCAAUGUGGUGGCCUACAUUGGCAGCUAUCUCAGGAAUGACCGCUUAUGGAUCUGCAUGGAGUUCUGUGGAGGAGGGUCUCUGCAGGAGAUUUACCACGCUACUGGGCCCCUGGAGGAACGGCAGAUUGCCUAUGUCUGCCGAGAGGCACUGAAGGGGCUGCACCACUUACAUUCUCAGGGGAAGAUCCACAGAGACAUCAAGGGAGCCAACCUACUCCUCACCCUCCAAGGAGAUGUCAAGCUGGCUGACUUUGGGGUGUCAGGCGAGCUGACGGCAUCUGUGGCUAAGAGGAGGUCUUUCAUUGGGACUCCAUACUGGAUGGCCCCGGAGGUGGCUGCUGUGGAACGCAAAGGUGGCUACAACGAGCUGUGUGAUGUCUGGGCCCUGGGCAUCACCGCCAUUGAGCUGGGCGAGCUGCAGCCCCCUCUAUUCCACCUGCACCCCAUGAGGGCCUUGAUGCUCAUGUCCAAGAGCAGCUUCCAGCCGCCUAAGCUGAGAGACAAGACUCACUGGACCCAGAAUUUCCACCACUUCCUCAAGCUCGCCUUGACCAAGAACCCUAAGAAGAGGCCAACAGCAGAGAAGCUCCUUCAGCACCCAUUCACAACCCAGCAGCUCCCUCGGGCUCUCCUCACACAGCUGUUGGACAAGGCCAAUGACCCCCACCUGAGCACCCCCUCCCCAGAAGACUGUGACCUGGAGACUUAUGACAUGUUUCCAGACACCAUUCAUUCCCGGGGUCAGCACAGCCAGGCUGAGAGGACCCCCUCAGAGAUCCAGUUUCACCAGGUGAAAUUUGGUGCUCCACGCAGGAAGGAAACGGACCCACUAAAUGAGCCGUGGGAAGAGUGGACGCUGCUGGGAGAGGAGGAUCUGAGUGGGAGCCUGCUGCAGUCCGUCCAGGAGGCCCUGGAGGAAAGGAGCCUAACCAUCCGACCAGCUGUGGAACUCCAGGAAUUGGACUCUCCACACGAUGCCAUAGGAACCAUCAAGCGGGCCCCACUCUUGGGAGCCUCCCCUUCUGAGCCUCCAGCUGAGGACCCUCUAUCUAGCCCCUCAGGAACCCCACCCCCUCCUCUCCUAGGCCCUGACAGCCCCCUGCCUCUCCCCACCUCCUGGGCCACCAUGAAGCACCAGGAGGAUUCUGAGAGAUCAUCUUGCCAUGGGCUUCCCCCGACCCCCAAAGUGCACAUGGGCGCCUGCUUCUCCAAGGUCUUCAAUGGCUGCCCCCUGCGGAUCCACGCUGCUGUCACUUGGAUUCACCCUGUCACCCGGGAUCAGUUCCUGGUGGUAGGGGCUGAGGAAGGCAUCUACACCCUCAACCUGCAUGAACUGCAUGAGGACACACUGGAGAAGCUGAUUUCACACCGCUGCACCUGGCUAUACUGUGUGAAUAAUGUGCUGCUGUCACUCUCAGGGAAAUCCACGCACAUCUGGGCCCAUGACCUCCCAGGCCUAUUUGAGCAGCGGCGACUACAGCAGCAGGUCCCCCUCUCCAUCCCCACCAACCGCCUCACCCAGCGCAUCAUCCCCAGGCGCUUUGCCCUGUCCGCCAAGAUUCCUGACACCAAAGGCUGCCUGCAGUGUCGUGUGGUGCGGAACCCCUACACAGGCAGCACAUUCCUGCUGGCCGCCCUGCCUGCCAGCCUGCUCCUGCUGCAGUGGUAUGAGCCGCUGCAGAAGUUCCUGCUGCUGAAGAACUUCUCCAGCCCCUUGCCCAGCCCAGCAGGGAUGCUGGAGCCACUGGUGUUGGAUGGGAAGGAGCUACCACAGGUGUGCGUGGGGGCUGAGGGCCCCGAGGGGCCUGGCUGCCGUGUGCUGUUCCAUGUCCUGCCCCUGGAGGCCGGCUUGACACCUGACGUCCUCAUACCACCUGAGGGGCUCCCAGGCUCGGCCCAGCAGGUGAUCCAGGUGGACAGGGACACAGUCCUAGUCUGCUUUGACCGCUGUGUGAGGAUUGUCAACCUGCUGGGCGAACCCACGGCUACACUGGCACCUGUACUGACCUUUGACUUCCCCAUUGAGACUGUGGUGUGUCUGCAGGACAGCGUGCUGGCCUUCUGGAGCCAUGGAAUGCAAGGCCGCAGCCUGGAUACCAACGAGGUGACCCAGGAGAUCACAGAUGAGACAAGGGUCUUCCGAGUGCUUGGAGCCCACAGAGACAUCAUUCUCGAGAGCAUUCCCACCGACAACCCAGGGGCUCACAGCAACCUCUACAUUCUCACGGGCCAUCAGAGCAGUUACUGAGCGGGCCUGGCCUGGCCAGUGACAUUCCUGCACCCCACCUCCAUGCCUUAGCUGCAGUCCAUUUUAGGUAGAGGGUCCCCUCCCAGAUCAGAGAAGCCCAGGCCCCCGGCUCUGCUGGGCUGAAGGGCGGAAAUAAUCCUGAGAAGUUCUGGGUCUGUGGAGGGGAGGGGAGGCCACCCCACAGCCCUGCAAUAACUGGACCAGAGGAAGCUGCUGUCACCUGCCCCUCCCCUCGGGCAGCCCAGGCCCUGGUGCCCCUUGGCAGGGUGGGGGCAGGCCCUGGGUGAUCCGUUCCACUUUGUUCCACAUUUCCUCUCCACUCUUCCUGCCGAGAGCCUGCCCCUUUGCCCUGUCCUGGGAACAUAUUUAAGAGAGAGAACUAUAUUGGUAUUAAAGCUGGUUUGAUUUAUUC